CACAACACAGCUAAUGAGGUGUUUCACUGUGUGCAUUUUGAGUGCCCAGCACAAAACAGUACCCACAAGGAUGACAGUAGUAAGGAAGUGUCAACGACAGAGGUGGGGACUGGUGGACAACAGCUUGUUUCUCGCCCUGUUCGAGCUGCAAGCACUAGCUCCCUGCAUUCCCCUCCUGGCUCCACCCCACGUCCACAUGCUCACCAACCGUAAAGGAGAUUCAAAGGGAGCUUUUGCAGCCCUGCUGACAUUGUAUGAAAUUAUUCAGAACCUUCCUGUGCUCUGGCAUCUUUUAUUUCUUUUUCUCUGUGAACAAAGGGGACCAUGUCUGGAAGCUGGAAAUGCUGAAAACGGAAAAGGCUUUUCCCAAGGACAUGAAGAGACUGCUUCACUCUCCUCAAUUUGUUCAAAUCAGGCUGGUCUUUGAGGGCAGAGAAAAUAGGUCUUCAAUCUUCAUCAAGUACCCCAUUAAUACCCUACCUCUCUAAUCUAACCAAGCAAGAGAAACAGAAGGAAAGAAAAGGCAGAGCUACAGUGGAAAUUUAAAAUGACUUAAGCAGAAUGGAAGGCAUAUGAAAUAAGUAUUUGGUCCCUGAAGGCUUCCAUUAACAAGGAAAAAGUUUAUGGAACACAUCAAUCUAGAAUAUGUUAUUUUUAAAAGUUACUCUUCAUUUGUAUUCCUUUGUAACUAGCAAUCUGUUUUAAAUUGUUUUGACUCU